UGGCCCGGAGCGUGGACUGCGGUCCCGGGAGGCGAGCUAGCAGCUGGUUAGUGAUCUGGGGAAAUUCAGAUUAUUAGGUUCCUGCAAGCUAUUCGGGAGCUGAUCAAGAUUUCAAGCUAAAGAUGGUGGUGAUGAACAGCCUGAGGGGGAUUCUUCAAGCAGCUCCACACAAAUUGCUGUGGAGAAAGUUCCAGAUUCUGAGGUGCAUGCCAGCAAGGCUCUGCAGCCUCUACACGUGCACUUACAAAACCCGGAAUCGAGCCUUGCACCCACUCUGGGAGAACGCAGACCUGGUUCCUGCAGGUGAUCGACAGUCACCCAUCAACAUCCGGUGGAGAGACAGUGUUUACGAUCCUGGCUUAAAACCACUCACCAUUUCUUAUGACCCAAACACCUGCCUCCACAUCUGGAAUAAUGGGUACUCUUUCCUUGUGGAAUUUGAAGAUUCUACAGAUAAAUCAGUGAUCAAGGGAGGACCCCUGGAACACAAGUACCGACUGAAGCAGUUCCAUUUUCACUGGGGGGCCAUCGAUGCCUGGGGCUCCGAGCACACUGUGGAUAGCAAAUGCUACCCAGCAGAGCUGCACUUGGUACACUGGAAUGCGGUCAAAUUUGAAAGCUUUGAGGAUGCAGCACUGGAAGAAAAUGGUCUGGCCGUAAUAGGAGUAUUUUUAAAGCUGGGCAAACAUCAUAAAGAGCUACAGAAAUUGGUGGAUACUCUGCCAUCAAUUAAGCACAAGGACGCCCUUGUGGAAUUUGGGUUAUUUGACCCUUCCUGCCUAAUGCCUACCUGUCCAGAUUAUUGGACCUACGCAGGCUCUCUGACUACUCCGCCCCUCUCUGAGUCUGUCACCUGGAUCAUUAAGAAGCAGCCAGUAGAGGUUGACCAUGAUCAGCUUGAACAAUUUAGGACCCUGCUUUUUACUUCCGAGGGAGAGAAAGAGAAAAGAAUGGUGGACAACUUCCGUCCCCUUCAACCCCUGAUGAAUCGCACUGUCCGCUCAUCCUUCCGGCACGAUUAUGUGCUGAAUAUACAUGUGAAAACCCCAAGCCUGCAACCAGCCAAGUGACCCCCUAAAACAUUUGUAUCUAGGUGGUAUUUUGCUUUAAUACAUGCUAACUUUCAAAAAAUUGUUAACUAGACUAUUCUAAAUGCGUGUGUUUAGUAAUGUUUCUAGAUGUGCAUUUCUUGGUCUGGAAGUGC